ACUGCAGCAUUUUGGAGCCUGGUGGGCUCCAUGCUCCUUCCAGCAGUCCUGAACUCUUUAAAGCUUUGGUUUGCAGCUGCUCCCUAGCAAACAUUGACCCAUGGCAGAGCGAUGUGGUGGGGCCUGGCUCAGCUCUGUGCCUGGAUCCUGUCUGUGUGCCCACUGGCUUUAACACCAGCCCAGGCGUGCAGGGAGCUCCAGGCACUGCCUUCCCACAGAAGAAGCAGCAGAGAUGUUAAUUCUCCAGCUCCUGUUGACUGUCAGCUGAGCCAGUGGUCAGGAUGGACUGAUUGCUUCCCUUGCCAAGAGAAAAAACACCGGUACCGGCGGCUGGAGCGGCCAGCGGAGUUCGGAGGGCGACGCUGCGCGGGGCACCUCUGGGAUGAGCAAGCCUGCCGAGCUGAGGCAACCUGCUCAGGGCCACCAGGGUGUGGGCAGGACUUCCAGUGCAAGGAAACAGGGCGCUGCAUUCAACGGCAUCUCGUGUGCAACGGAGACAGAGACUGCAGAGAUGGCUCUGAUGAGGAUAAUUGUGAGGAUGAAGAUAUUGAAAGCCCUUGUGAACAUCUGUUCCCAAUCCCAGGGGUGGAAAAAGUAGUCCAAGGGUACAACAUCCUGACAGAGGAAGGGGGGCAGAACAUUUAUGACCCGGGGUUUUUUGGAGGGCUCUGUGAGUACGUGUACAACGGGGAGUGGCGGGAGCUGCGCUACGACGCCGCCUGCGAGCGCCUGCACUACGGGGAGGAUGAGAAGUAUUUCCGUAAGCCUUACAACCUCCACCUGUACCAGUUCCUGGCACAUGCUGAUUCUGGAUUUGCCUUUGAGUUUUACGACGAUUCAAAGGACCUGCUUGACGCCCUUAAAAGCGAUAAAUCCAAAACAACAGGCUUCACCAUUGGAAUUGGGCCUGGAGGUGCAGAUCUCAUGUUAAACCUGGGCCUCACUUUAUCAGGUGGCAAAGGAUCCCUGAAGAAUUUCACACAAUAUGAUGCAAAGGACGUUGGGUUCAUUAGAGCUGUGACCAAGGUGCAGACAGCCCGCUUCAGGAUGAGAAGGGACAGCAUUGUUUUGGAUGAAGAUGUGCUGCUCUCCCUGCAGGAGCUCCCAGACACCUACAACUAUGGCAUCUAUGCCAAAUUCAUCAACGACUACGGCACCCACUUCAUGACAUCUGGCACCAUGGGGGGAGUCUUUGAGUACAUCCUCGUCAUCAAUAAGGAGGAAAUGCGAAGAAAAGCCAUCAGCAUGGAGGAGAUAAGUGCCUGUGCUGGGCUGUCCCUUGGCAUUACAGCCAGCAAGGAGAACCUGGAUCUGGGUGUAACCCUGACACACUCUGACUGCAAGAAGAAAGGACUCCUGAACACAGAUCCUGAGAGCCACAGUGCAGUUGUGGAAGAUAUUAUUCCCCGGAUUAGAGGGGGAGAUACCAGUUCCAGUGGAGGGCUCCUGAAGAGUUGGGAUGGCAAAAUGUAUCGUCACUGGGGCAGGUCAUUAAAAUAUAAUCCUGCUGUUAUUGAUUUCCAGGUGGUGAGACGGACGGGCGCUGGAGCUGCUGGUCGGGCUGGUCCCCGUGCCAGGCGGGGACGGCGCGGCGCAGCCGGCACUGCUCCAACCCUGCCCCGCAGCACGGCGGGCAGCCCUGUGCUGGCAGAGACCUCCAGAGCAGAGCCUGCUGAAAGCGCAAGAUGUGAUGGGACCCCACCAGAUGUGAUGGUUUUGCCCUACCAGUGCCCAGCACCACUGCUGCAGCACAGGAGAUGGCAGAGAACCCACCCAAAGGAGGAGGAGCUGCUGGGUGACCACGGGGCUGCAGCGUGUCACGGAAUAAAUUCACCACGAGUGUUUACACAACUGAGCUCGACUCCCAGGGAGUUUUUGUAUUUUCCUUUGGGAAACACAGGAAAAGCUCACCAUCUCUGCAGUUGGUAUUGACAUAUGUACCACGAAACUUUUGUAAGUUGGCACUGUCAGAUCUGUAAGUCCAGCAUAUUGGCCAGGGCUGCCUUUGUAGCACAGCCAUAUGCUGCUCUGCAUGGAGAAGACUUCAGCCUAAAGAUGCUGAAGCAUCCUUGCAGAAUGCAAGCCCAAGCUGAUGAGGAAUUUUAAAUAAAUAAAUAAAGCAAUAAAUAGA